UGAGGAGGCAUGGUGUGUGACAUUUCCUUCUUUUUAAGUAGGGGGACUUCAAAAAGUCACGGGCACCGGGUCUUAGGCACAGUGCAGCCGCCAGGCAGCAGCGCGCGGGCGGGAGGCAAACGCGCCAACCACGCGUGUCCGCGUGCAGGUGCCGGGGGCGGCGGCCGCAACUCCGCAGCGUCGCCCGGGAGGAGAGUUCGCGGCUGCUCGCGGGAUGCCUUGCAGAUGCAAGAUGAGUCUUCGGCCAGCAGGAGGAAGGAAGAGGAAGUGAGAGCAGCGGCAGCCGGCGGCGCGGCGGCCGGCGACCCGAGUGCUACAAAGAAACUCCCUGGACAUACCCCUACACCUACCCCUGGCCCCACCCCAACCAUAAUCUCUGGUGUAGACACGUGUGGCUGUCCACGCGGUAGGAUCCCCGGUUCCACAGGCUUUGGACUUCCUCCGGUGUGACAAUGCCGCCGCCCUCCGACAUCGUCAAGGUGGCCAUAGAGUGGCCUGGCGCCUACCCCAAACUCAUGGAAAUUGACCAGAAAAAACCACUGUCUGCCAUAAUAAAGGAAGUGUGUGAUGGGUGGUCUCUUGACAACCAUGAAUAUUUUGCACUGCAGCACGCUGAUAGUUCAAACUUCUACAUCACAGAAAAGAAUCGCAAUGAAAUAAAGAAUGGCACUAUCCUUCGAUUAACCACGUCUCCAGCUCAAAAUGCCCAGCAGCUCCAUGAACGAAUUCAGUCAUCGAGUAUGGACGCCAAGCUGGAAGCCCUGAAGGACUUGGCUAGCCUCUCCAGGGACAUCACCUUUGCUCAGGAGUUCAUAAACCUGGAUGGCAUCUCCCUCCUCACCCAAAUGGUGGAAAGCGGCACCGAACGUUACCAGAAAUUGCAGAAGAUUAUGAAGCCUUGCUUUGGAGACAUGCUGUCCUUCACCCUGACAGCCUUCGUGGAGCUAAUGGACCAUGGCAUCGUGUCAUGGGAUACAUUCUCAGUGGCAUUCAUUAAGAAGAUAGCAAGUUUUGUGAACAAGUCAGCCAUAGACAUCUCAAUCCUGCAGCGGUCUUUGGCUAUUUUAGAGUCGAUGGUGCUCAACAGCCAUGACCUCUACCAGAAGGUAGCACAAGAGAUCACCAUUGGCCAGCUCAUUCCUCAUCUUCAAGGAACAGAUCAAGAAAUACAGACCUAUACCAUUGCUGUAAUUAAUGCACUUUUCCUGAAGGCCCCUGAUGAAAGGAGGCAGGUUGGUGUAGAGAGCAAUGUUGACAUCCUUGAUUGUCCUCUGACUGAGAUGGCAAAUAUUUUGGCUCAGAAGCAGUUGCGCUACAUCAUUUUAACACACGUCAUCAGAGCCCAGCGGGCCAUCAACAAUGAGAUGGCACACCAGUUGUAUGUCCUUCAAGUGCUAACCUUCAACCUCCUGGAAGACAGGAUGAUGACCAAGAUGGACCCCCAGGACCAGGCUCAAAGAGACAUCAUAUUUGAACUUCGAAGAAUUGCUUUUGAUGCAGAGUCUGAGCCUAACAACAGCAGCGGCAGCAUGGAGAAGCGCAAGUCCAUGUACACAAGGGAUUACAAAAAACUUGGCUUCAUUAAUCAUGUCAACCCUGCUAUGGACUUUACUCAGACCCCACCUGGAAUGCUGGCUCUGGACAAUAUGCUAUACUUUGCUAAGCACCACCAGGACGCGUAUAUACGGAUUGUGCUUGAGAACAGCAGCCGAGAAGAUAAACAUGAAUGUCCCUUCGGCCGCAGCAGUAUAGAACUGACCAAGAUGCUCUGUGAGAUCUUGAAAGUGGGCGAGCUGCCUAGUGAGACAUGCAAUGACUUCCACCCGAUGUUCUUCACCCAUGACCGAUCCUUUGAGGAAUUUUUCUGCAUUUGUAUCCAGCUCCUGAACAAGACAUGGAAGGAAAUGCGGGCAACUUCUGAGGACUUCAACAAGGUAAUGCAGGUGGUGAAGGAGCAGGUUAUGAGAGCACUUACAACCAAGCCUAGCUCCCUGGACCAGUUCAAGAGCAAAUUGCAGAACUUGAGCUAUACUGAGAUCCUGAAAAUCCGCCAGUCUGAGAGGAUGAACCAGGAAGAUUUCCAAUCUCGCCCGAUUUUGGAACUAAAGGAGAAGAUCCAACCAGAAAUCUUAGAGCUGAUCAAACAGCAGCGCCUGAACCGCCUCGUGGAAGGGACCUGCUUUAGGAAACUCAACGCCCGGCGGAGACAAGACAAGUUUUGGUAUUGUCGGCUUUCACCAAAUCACAAGGUCUUACAUUAUGGAGACUUGGAAGAAAGCCCCCAAGGAGAAGUGCCCCAUGAUUCCCUGCAGGACAAACUGCCAGUGGCAGAUAUCAAAGCUGUGGUGACGGGAAAGGACUGCCCUCAUAUGAAAGAGAAAGGUGCCCUUAAACAAAACAAGGAAGUGCUUGAACUUGCUUUCUCCAUCUUGUAUGACUCAAAUUGCCAACUGAAUUUUAUUGCUCCUGACAAGCAUGAGUAUUGCAUCUGGACAGAUGGGCUGAAUGCACUGCUUGGGAAAGACAUGAUGAGUGACCUAACGAGGAAUGACCUGGACACCCUUCUCAGCAUGGAGAUCAAGCUCCGCCUGCUGGACCUGGAAAACAUCCAAAUCCCAGACGCACCUCCACCCAUCCCCAAGGAGCCCAGCAACUACGACUUUGUCUAUGACUGUAACUGAAGUGGCUGGACCUGGACGCAGUCCUCCCAAACUGGAAGAUGUAGCUAACCGCAGAGAGGAACACAAACACACCCACACCUUGGGACCAUCUUUUGGUGGAGAGAAGCUGAAAAUCAACUUUUCCUUUCGCCAUACCUGUAGCCCUAGCUCUUUUCGACCCUUCUUGGCAUCUCAGCAUCUCCUUGAAUCUACUUGCACACUCUCUGCUUUAUUUAGAUCACUUCCCUCUGCUACAGUUCCUGGUCGGACAUGAGCAAAAGCCACCACUAGUACAAAAGCCAGAGUCCUCCCAUUCUAAUCCCUGGCAGGUUCCUUCCUUCCUUCCUUCCUUCCUUCCUUCCUUCCUUCCUUCCUUCCUUCCUUCCUUCCUUCCUUCAGAAAGCCAGUAGCCCCAAGCUACCCCAAAUUUUCUACCUAAAUCAAGAAAAAUGCCCAAGGCCUGGGUUGAGCAGAAAUGGCCCAGCUACUAGAUGAGAAGACCAAAGGCCAUCACCUCCUACCCCUUUUCUCUAGGGUCAGUUCACACCAUUAGCUCCAUGUAAGUUGAAAUUCACAUCUCCUGUCCUCCCCUUCCUUGCCUUGGCCUUUCCCUGGUCCUCUUUGGUCCCAGGAAUAGCUGCUUCAUUCUAGUCCCUGCCAGCAUCAGGUCCCUGAAACAGUCCACAGAGCCUGUGCCUGCACUGUGACCAUGACAACAUGACCAACCUCUCCACCCACUAGCUAGUCUUGGGCUUCCUCUCCCUGCCCCAGCCAGACCUGCCUUUUUCAUGUCCUCAUGCUCCCAGCCUCUUAGCAGAAAGCACAACUGGAAUCAGUAGUCAUGCUCCAUCUCUAAUAGACUAAACCUAACCACCAGUAUGGUGGCUGUUGCUAUCCAAGGUUUUGGUGUCAUCUCACCCUGGGGUUCCUACUGCAACCCAGGUUCCAGAGGAUGAUCAAGUGGUCAGACAUCCAAGUUUACAUCAUUGUAAUUAUUACAGGUCUUUAUAAUUUGCAAGGGUUUGGGUUAUUUUAUGUUUUUGGUUUUCUGUUUUGUUUGGUUUGUUUUUUUUUCCCCUUUGGCUUUGUUUUUGUAUAAAAGAGUCUAACAUUUUUUGCCAAACAGAUAUAUAUUUAAUGAAAAGAAAAGAUACAUAAAUGUGUGUACUUUCCAUUUUUUUAAUUAUUUUAAUCCCGAACAUCUUCCUGAGAAUAACAUUCCCUUACACAUGCUGUGGAAUAAAAUUAAAUGUGAUGAGUUGGGGAGCUAGUGUUUUGAUUUAGUAACUUGGGUACUUGUUACUCAGUCAUUAGCAUCAUCUGGGAGCUUGUUAGAAAUGCAAAAUCAGACAGCCCCUCCAGAUCUGAACUGGGGACUUUGAGUGCAUGUUAAUUUGGGAAGCACUGAUCUAGAGGACUCUCAUUGUCAGCUCUGAGCAUCAAUGAAAUCAUUUCGGGAAGCACAUCUCAAUUCACCAAGGAAAUCAGACUCUCUAUAAAAAUAUGAUCUCUUUAUUUUAUAUGGCUGCUUUCUUACCAUACUUUCUCCAUUACUGUUUUCUUCCUUACCAUUAUGUAAUUUAUAGAACCAGGAUUAAAGAUACCAGGACACCGAGGGAGCAUAUUGAACAAUGAAAAAAAAAAGAAGAAUAUAAACC